AUGGUUAACGCCCUUUGCUCCGCCUCCCUCAUAACCUCCUCAUUUAGGGGGAUUUUAAUCAAAUCUGGUCUUUGUCCUGCAGGGGGAGUCUCGGCCCGGGUGGUGAAGGUGUCUCCUGGUCCGUUAAUUCGAGUGGAGGGUCAGCCCGUCUCCAUCCGCUGUGACGUCAGGGAAUAUGGAGGACCACGAGAGCAGGACUUUGAGUGGAUGAUCUCCCGUGAUUCGGGCGGCGCCAGGAUAAAGAUCAUCUCCACCUUUGACACCACUUAUUCCCACCAGUCCCUCAGUAAGCGUGUGGCGUCUGGAGAUAUCUCUGUGCAGCGAUUGGCCGACAACCAGGUGGAGCUAAAGGUGGCCGAGGUGAAGUCCACAGACGCAGGAUUUUAUUGGUGUACAACGCCGAGCACAGACUCAGUGAUCAGCGGGAACUAUGAGGACGAGGUCCAGCUCAUCGUGAUCCCAAACACACUGAGAGUCUCCCCUCAGGCUCCGCCCCCCACGGUCCCAGAGGGAAGUGACAUCACGCUGUCGUGUAACGUGACCCGGGAGCUGACCCAGCCCACCUACCUGUCAGUCACCUGGUCAGUGAAGAGGGGGACAUCCUCCGAGGACAUCCUGGUGUUUGGCCCUCAGGGAGACGUGACGGUGGGGUCCAAGUACGCCCGGCGGUACUCCGACGGUGGAAUACGAUUGGUUCCUGGGAGGAACGGCGUCUUUGAGCUGGUGGUUACCAGGGCAACGACGUCAGACGACGGAGCGUACGAGUGUAACGGGACGGAGUGGACACAUGAGGACGGAGGACGCUGGGUGAAGAUCGUGGAGAGUAAGAAGGAGAUGGGGACGGUGGCAGUCACGCCCACAGGUCAGACCCUCGCUGUGAAGACCUCCUCCCCCUCCUCCUCCUCUUCCUCCCUCGUCCUCACCCCAGGUAACACCUUGACCCUCCUGUGCUCUGUCAGCGCCGAUAACCUCCCCGCCUUGGCCCUGGAGGUCACCUGGUUGGCUGAUGGCCGUGACAUCAUCACCAUGGAGCGUAGCGGCGUGGUCAUCUCUAACACCUCUCUGCCAGCACAGGGGAGGAGGGGGGAGGCCAGCCUGGAACAGACGGCGCUGGGGGAGUAUCGGCUGGGGGUCAGGGGAGUGAGCGGCGAGGACGGGGGAGCAUACGUCUGCAGGGUCAGAGCCUUCGUAGAGAAAGGUGGGCGGAGCUCCGGAGGAGGAGGAAGGUGGCAUAUGGCGGCAGAGAAGAUGUCCAACGUUGUGGCAGUGAAGGUGACGCAGAUCAAGCCGAGCUUCACGCUGUCACUUGAUCCCAUCCUGUCCCCUCAGACGACCUCUGACCUCACAGAGCUGGCGUGUCAUGUGACCAACAUUACCCAUCUGCCCCGGGGUGGCCGGCUGGCGGUAACUUGGGAGCACACGCCUCUACCUGGUGUGUCUGAUAGCCCGCCUACCUCCCAUCCUAUUGGCUCUUUGGACGCUCAUGGUAACCUGAUCGCUGCUUCAUCAUACUCCGACAGGAUGAAGAGCGGAGCGCUGAGUCUUAGCAGAGUUCAACCCAACACUUUUACUCUGAAGAUACUGAACACUCAGGAGAAAGACAUGGGUCAGUACGUGUGCUCGGUGUCGGCGUGGACGCUCAGCGGUCAGGGAGAUGUGGUCAAGACUUCCGAGUUCCAGAGCUCAGCGCUGACUGUACGCUGGGACGCCAAACGUCCGUCUCUGAACGUGGUGGCGAAGCAAGUACGUGAGGCGUCUGUGGGCGGGGCUACCUUUGAGAUGAGCUGCACCGUUUCCACAGAGAACCUCGGGGAGGCGGGCUACUCUGUGCUCAUCCAAUCACAGGACAGCCUGCAGAGCGCUGUGAGAACGAUCAUGACUCUGAGCCCGGACAGCGUGGUUCAGCACGGGGGCGCCACUGACCCCACCAGGAGGGACAGCCUGGUCCUGGUAAAGUCAGCCCAGUCAGAGUUCCGUUUCCGUUUGUCAGGCGUGCAGCUCUCUGAUAGGGCGUUUUAUUGGUGUGACAUCACAGCGUGGACCAAGCAGUCACCAAGCCACACCUGGACUAAAGCCACGAGUGCUGAGUCCAACAAGGUCCGCAUCGACUUCCAGGAGAACGGUCAGUACUAUCAACAGGAAGACGAACAACUUAACGAGUCGACAAGUAAAUGA